AUGUCUAAUGCAAACGCAACUACACCACGAAUCUUCAUCGCUCGACACGGUGAAACAGAAUGGACCAUCAACGGCCGCUGCACUGGCAAGGCUGAAAUUCCCCUCACCGCAAACGGAAUCGCUCAUGUUCAAGGCACGGGCGAAGUCCUCGUCGGUGCUGGCAAACUCAUCGACCCUUCCAAACUAACACAUGUUUUUACUUCACCUCGUAAACGGGCUGUUGAUACGUUAUCGAUGGUGCUCGGGCCUGCAUAUAAAGAUCGACUUGAUCAAGAGAACAAAAUCACCACCACAGAGGACAUCGUAGAGGGGGAUUAUGGGGAUAAUGAAUGCUUGAAACUGGAUGAGUUUAUAGAAAGCAGACUUAAGAGAGACCUACCAAAAUGGGAUAUCUGGACUCAAGGCUGUGAGGGCGGAGAUGGCGAGCCUGCUGAUGUUUUGAUAGUUGCUCACGGUCACAUCUUACGGGCGUUCACGAAGAGAUGGUUUCGCUAUGCUAUGGACUUUCCCUUCCAGAUGAUGAUGGAGCCGGGAGCGAUUGGUAUCAUGAGUCAUGUACAACACAAUAUUAAGGAGCCGGCUAUUUUAGCUGGCGUGGGAUUUCCUUUAUCUAAGUAG